CUUGGUACCCAACGCUCGACCACUUGCAGUCUUGCUCUCCUCCACUUUUUCUGGUGAAAUCCAAAUUAUACACUCGUCCAAAAAAUAUUUAUGAUUUUUGAGAAACAUUUAUUUACUUGUGCCACGAAAUUCGCGACUUGAGAAUUAUCAAGCGCACGAUAUCUCCGGGCUCGGACUUUUCAAUUAAUUGAUUUCAUUUUAUUUCGGGUGAGAUAUCGUUUUUUUUUAUUUUUUAAUAAUUCGGUUUAAUAUAAUAGUGUAAUAGUGAUCCGUGGAACAGUGAAAUCAGUUAUUUGUGAUAUGGGGCAAUAUUUCAUCGCUGCCAAUUUGUGUAUCCUCCUGACUCUGCUAGGAUCAAGUACACCAACAAAUUCUACCGAAAAUAAUUCUUCCAAGGAAGAAUGGGUGGUGCGAGUGGCAGGUGGACCUCAAGUGGCCUCUCUCCUUGCCCUCCGAUCUGGCUACAAAAAUCUGGGUCUCGUACUCGGGUUCAAAGACACGUACUUAUGGCACAGGGAUGAUAAUCAGGUUGGGAAAAGAGGCGGUGGGCGGUUCGUGAAAGAAUUGACGUCAAACUCUAAAAUUAUUUGGGCAGAUCAGCAGAGGAGUGUCGAGCGUCACAAGCGAGAUCUUAUCGAUAUUCUAGAAUCGGAAAAGCCACUGCUGCGAGAAAAAAGAGUGUUCGAUAAUGAGGAGAACGAUAUUGAGAUCCAUUCAGAUGUUCAACACAUGUUCAAUGACGAAUUGUGGAACGAGGAGUGGUAUCUGCAAGACACACGAACCAACCGAGACCUACCAAAGCUGGAUCUGAACGUGGUGCCACUUUACCGAUUGGGGAUAACAGGUCGAGGGAUGAGGAUAGCUGUUCUCGACGAUGGGCUAGAGUACACACACUCAGACCUGAGGAACAACUACAGUCCAGAUAUCAGCUAUGACGUCAAUGACGGCGAUAACGAUCCACUGCCCCGGUACGAAGUAACAGGGAUGAAUGGACAUGGGACGCGGUGCGCAGGGGAAAUAGCCAUGGAAGCGAAUAAUCGGAAAUGCGGGGUUGGGGUGGCAUUUGAGGCGAAAAUUGGAGGAAUUAAAAUGCUUGAUGGUGUCGUCAAUGACAGGGUUGAGGGUGAAGCCCUAGGGUACGCACAGCAUCUCGUCGAUGUCUACACCGCGUCCUGGGGACCUGCGGAUGACGGCAAGAGCCUCGAGGCACCCGGAAGACUCGCCACUGAAGCACUUCAGCGAGGUGUCACUGAGGGGCGAAAGGGCAGGGGUAGCAUUUACGUAUGGGCAUCCGGCAACGGUGGAUCCAAGGAUGACGAUUGUAGCUGUGACGGUUACGUCGGUAGCAUUUAUACUAUUGCUGUUGGUUCUGCCAGUCAAACUGGAAAGUUUCCAUGGUACGGUGAGAGAUGUCCAGCAACUCUUGCAACAACUUACAGCAGCGGAGCGUACCACGACCAAAUGAUUGCCACCACGGAUUUAAAAAAUGAAUGCACCACUCGUCACACGGGAACGUCGGCUUCAGCUCCACUCGCUGCAGGAAUACUCGCCCUGGCACUGCAAGUGAACAAAGAGUUGACUUGGAGGGACGUGCAGCACCUCAUUGUGCAGACUUCGGAAUACAGUCCAUUAAGUGGAAAUCCAGGAUGGCGGAAAAAUUCCGCAGGCUUCUGGUUCAACCCGCGCUUCGGCUUUGGUCUGAUGAAUGCACAUGGUCUGGUUACCGCCGCUCAUAAUUGGACCCGAGUACCCGAAAAAACCAUAUGCUUCAUCAAAUCGCAGUCCGGACCGCUGAAUUUAUUUUACGGUGAAGCGGCGAUUUUGAGAUUCAAUUCAAAUGGAUGCUCCAAUGAGAAUCGAGAAGUCAUGUAUUUAGAGCAUGUACAAGUGGAAACCAGCAUCAGAUACACGAGCAGAGGUGCCCUGGAGAUGCAUCUGAUAUCACCAGCGGGAACUAGAGUGAAAAUUCUGACUCCUCGACGGUUGGAUGAUUCCACUGAGGGCUUCAAGAAUUGGAAAUUCAUGUCGGUGGGAACCUGGGGGGAGGACCCCAGGGGCACCUGGAGGUUGGACAUAAUCGAUCAGGUCGGCCCUAUCUGGAACAAUGGAUCAAUCCUGGACGUCACCCUCAUCCUCCACGGGACAAAAUUGUCCCCGGAUUAUCGUGGCAACAGCCCGCGAAAUUACAACGACAAUUACAACCGCGUCAGGAAGACGAAUCGAGUCGUUGAAAAAACCGAGGAAAAAAAGAGAAUGAGGAGUGGACUAACUGGUCACACCAACGAGAUCAAUCUCACUGAGCAAGUGGGUAACCUGGAGAGUCUCGUCUGGACUGAUUGGCUACGUCGAAUUUUAUUUGAUCGAAGGUAGUCGAAUUAACCAUGUGGAAGACCCCUCUUUACGAUGAAGGUGAACAAAAAUAAUUUUAAAAACUGAUGGGAUGAAUACGAGAAAUUAGAAAAUAACACAUUAUCACUUUAUUGAAUCAAUCCCAACGUAAAAGUUGGCAAAUUGGAGGGCCUUGCCGGAAAUUAUCAGCUACGUCUUCUCUUUCAUUCAGCUGAAACUAAUUGGAUUUACUAGGACUGAAAGGCCUUGAUGAACAAACAAAAUUGGAAAGAAAUUGAAUGGACAGGAAAUCGAGUUGAAUUAAAAUGGAAUUUUACGAAAACAAAGUGGAAUACCCGAAUAAAAAUGAGGA